UGAUUAUUUUUUUUGUUUGUGAGAACCUUCCUUGUUAGCUAGCGUCGGUACUAGCCAACAAGCCGUCCCACUUUGUUUCCCUCUUCGUCUUCUUUUGUGUCCACAUCUCAGCUCGUCGCCCCCUCAGGUCACAUCAUGGACGAGACGAGUCCGCUUGUCUCUCCCCUCCGUGACUCCACAGAUUUCAGCUACUGCCCCACAGAGCCCACCAGUCCCCGGGGUGCGAUUGGAGGCACGCCGGGCUCCGUCGUGCGCAUCCCGGCUGGCAGCCCCGGACACAGCCGGGAGAGACAGCCGCUGCUGGCCCGGGACCGCGGCGGCUCACCGCGGGAGCCGCACAGGAACGAGUUCCCGGAGGAUCCCGAGUUCAGAGAAAUCAUCAGGAAGGCCGAGCGAGCCAUAGAGGAGGGAAUCUACCCGGAGAGGAUCUACCAGGGCUCCAGUGGAAGCUACUUUGUCAAAGAUUCACAGGGGAAGAUCAUAGGUGUGUUCAAACCGAAGAACGAAGAGCCCUACGGCCAGCUCAACCCCAAGUGGACCAAGUGGCUCCAGAAACUGUGCUGUCCCUGCUGUUUUGGCCGCGACUGUUUGGUCCUGAACCAGGGUUACCUCUCAGAGGCCGGAGCCAGUCUGGUAGAUCAGAAGCUAGAGCUCAACAUCGUUCCCAGGACCAAGGUGGUGUACUUGGCCAGUGAAACAUUCAACUACAGUGCCAUAGACAGGGUCAAGUCUCGAGGAAAGCGGCUUGCCCUCGAGAAGGUGCCCAAAGUGGGACAGCGCUUCCACAGGAUCGGACUGCCACCAAAGGUGGGUUCAUUCCAGCUCUUUGUUGAUGGAUACAAGGAUGCAGACUUCUGGCUGCGGCGGUUUGAGGCAGAGCCCCUGCCGGAGAAUACCAACCGGCAGCUGCAGAUGCAGUUUGAGCGGCUGGUCGUCCUUGAUUACAUCAUCAGGAACACAGACAGAGGAAAUGACAACUGGCUGCUAAAGUAUGACUGUCCCAUGGACACCGUUGGUAAUAGGGACACAGAUUGGGUUGUAGUAAAGGAUCCGAUCAUCAAGCUGGCAGCCAUAGACAACGGCCUAGCCUUCCCUCUCAAACACCCCGACUCCUGGAGAGCCUACCCGUUCUACUGGGCGUGGCUCUCCCAGGCCAAAGUCCCAUUUUCCCAGGAGAUCAGAGAGCUGGUCCUGCCCAAGCUGUCCGACCCAAACUUCAUCAAAGACCUUGAAGAGGAUCUUUACGAAUUGUUCAAGAAAGACCCAGGGUUUGACAGAGGACAGUUUCACAAGCAAGUAGCUGUAAUGAGGGGCCAGAUCCUGAACCUGUGCCAGGCCCUGAAGGACGGUAAAACGCCCCUCCAGCUGGUGCAGAUGCCCCCGGUGAUCGUGGAAACAGCCCGGGCGCCUCAGAGAGCCAACAGCGAGUCGUACACACAGAGCUUCCAGAGCAGAAGACCCUUCUUCACCUGGUGGUAGAGGAGCAACAGCAGGAAGCCAAGAGUGUGGAGAGGAAUGAAUGCGUCCAUGUGUGGAUGUAAGAGAGGACAGUAUCUGGGGGUGCAAGACUGUAACAGGGGCGACCAGAUGGAAAUAAUCAUCACCCUUCCCUCCUCUCCUUCUUGUGGACAUUUUGACUACUGUCAGUGAGUGAGGGGAUGGAAAGAUGAGGCCAAAAGGAGAGGGAUUUCAUGAUAGCUAUGUUUCCCUGUCUGCCUCUGUGCCUUGUGUGGAUGUCAGUGAAGACUAAUGUCUAAAUGGAAUAGAUGAAGAUUAUGUACCCUGCAAGAAAGAGCCUUGAAAGAAAGAUUUCAGUGAAAUGUUAAUGUCAGAGAUUUCUUUUGAGCUGUUGGUUGCAGACACACACAUACAUACACACACACACACACACACACACCAGUCAAAAGCCUUCCGCAUUUUUGUUAGGACGGGAGGUGCUGCAUUCCAGGUUUUGUUUUGUUUUGUUUACACCCCUUCGCUUUCUAAUAUGCAUUUGCAUACUUCCUCCCACACACACAUAAAAACAUCAGGUUGGUGAAAGUGGUAGUGAAACAAGUUGAUGGCAGCGUUUUUGUGGUAAUGAGGGAAGAGAGGUUUACAUUUCGGUUACGCCUUGAAGAAUAAGGAACUGGGCUCUUAGUGGUAUGUCCUGUGUGUCUUCACAUGGAGAACGUAAGCCAUGAUGUGCGUCAGUCUCAGUUGUUCAGUGGCACCCUCCCCUGUUACUUAGAUUAGGAGCUGCAGGUGUUUUUUUUUUUUUCAAUGUUUGAAAGAGGGGUACUUUUGGUAAAAGAAACACACUUUCCUCAGAGAAGUAUGACUGGGUUGCCUAACUCUCCUUCUUCCAUCAGUAGUUAAAUCAUCGGUAAUGAAGUCACACAUAAUUUUAGAAGUUGCCAUUUUCCCCGUGGCUUGGAAGCGUAUAACAAAGCAUGGGGAAAGAAGAUCCCAUCUGCAGGUGUACCUCAGUCCUCGGGCUCCUCCUGUUUGACUUGGAACAGCUCAUGUUGAUCACUGUUAAUUUUCUGGCAAGUGAGGUAAACCUAAAAAAUGACAACAAAGUAACUUCCUGCUGUACCGAACUGACAUGAAAUGUAUUGUGACAAUGCACUGUAUAAUUUGUAUGUAAUAUUUAAUGACAGAUUAUAAUUAAAAUGUAUUACAUUAAUA